AUGCUGUGUGCUGCUUCAGCCCUGUCUGCGGAUAUCUCUGAGCAGGAAUUUGACAUAGCUGUGGCUUUGAAUACAGGCGUCAUUUUUGGGCUUCAAGAUAGCAGCCUUCUAAGAAUCGACACCUUGACCGGGAAUGUGCACACGGAGCUUCACAAUCAUGACAAGCUUUGUGGUUGGCCCCAGCUGCUUGAAGCCAAUGGGGACCUUUGGGCUGUGCCCUGCGCCGCUCAUCACGUUCUCAAGAUUUCACAGGUCUCAGGUGCCUCCAAAGUGAGCAUUGACGACCUUGGAACUGCAUUUUGCAAGUGGCGUCACGCUGCACAAGGUGCCAACGGCUUGAUCUAUGCCAUGCCGUGGCAAGCACCAGCAGUGUUGCGUAUAGACCCCGUGUCCAGCGCGGUGAGUUCUCUUGGACAUCUUGCUGUGACGUCCAAGGGGAAGUUUGGAUUUACUGUGAAGGCUGAUGAAUAUGUCUGCGGCAUUCCGUGGGCCGCACGAAUGGUUCUUUGCAUCGACACCCGGACAGAUGAAACGAUGCAAUUUGGAGAUUUCAGCGAUUUGGAAGGUAAGUGGCGAACUGCUGCUGCCAACAAUCAGGGCAUCAUUUUUGCGCUUCCUGUUGAAGCUGACUCAGUUUUACGCAUCGACCCGAAAGCUCGUUCUGUGCGGGAGCUGGAGCAUAUCCCCACAGGACGCUUCAAGCCGAUUCUCCUGUCCCGUUGGGCUGGAGGCCUCGCCGUGGAUUCCUGGCUGGUCGCCUUGCCGGGCUUUGACUGUUCAACUUUGCAGGUAGAUAUGGUCCGUGAAGAAGUCAGGACACAUGAGCUGGUUUGCCAAGGCAACACGCUCCACAGCUGGCACUCAGCGGUGGUGGCUGAAAAUGGUGCCAUCUAUGCUGUUCCUUUCUCUGCAACAGCUGCGUUGAAGAUCAACUUCCAAGGGGCGUCAACUCAGGUCAUCCAACUAGGUGACUUUGGAAAUGGCUUGGGCAAGUGGGGUCACGCUGUGUUGAGCCACACCGGAGACGUCUAUGGUGUCCCCUGGUCUGCAGAGAAGGUCUUGAAGAUCCGACCACAGAAUGACCAGGUGACAACCUUUGGAAACUUUGAGCCGGGCCCUGCGAGAUGGAAAGCAGGCGUUGUUUCUUCCAAUGGCUUAAUCUAUUGCAUUCCCGAAACAGCCCAAACGGUCUUAAGGAUAGACCCCGCCAGUGAUACGGUCCUUCAACUGCCUGUGGCAUUGCCUCCAGUGCUCUUACCUAUGACGGCAGUUACAUCGGAGACAUCGACCACUACGGCCCCUAGGAUUGCAUUGGCACAGAGUUGGAAGACAAGCACCCAAACCAGUGAACACUAG